AUGAUUUUUGAGACAAUACCAUUUUCAACUAUGACCCAACAAUUUUCAACCAGUAUCUCAAUCAAUUCACCCUUAUUCAAAUGUUCAUUCAUAUUUCUCAUUCAAUUCGUAAUAUUUACGUAUAUUCAUAUUUUUUCUUAUCUAUGUGUUUUGUUCAACUAUUUUCUAUUCAUCGAUCUCUCAAUUUCAACUGUGAUUGUUUCUUUUUCACGGUUUAUCAAAUUUCAAACAAAUCUGCGACAACUCUCCAAUUACUGCCGAAAUGAACGAUUUUUCACCAGUUUUCUUAAAAUUAUAAUAUUAACAUCUAUAAAUUUUUCAACAAACUAA